AUGGGGAAGGGAGGUGAGAAUUACGUGAACCACACGAACGCGAGUUCGGAGAGGGAAAUGUUUAAGGUUUGGGCCAAGAGUGUUACCGAAUGCGAAGAGCAUUUUAAGGUGACAGUGAAAAAAGGCUUAAGUCACGACGAGGUUGAGAAACGGCGUCGUAUUUAUGGUUACAACGAGUUGGACAAUCACGAGGGACAAUCGAUAUGGAGCCUCGUUAUCGAUCAGUUCAACGACACUUUGGUUCGGAUCCUCCUCUUCGCCGCCGUCGUUUCCUUCAUCCUCGCCUGGUUAGACGGCGAGGAAGGAAGCGACAUGGAGAUCACGGCCUUCGUGGAGCCUCUUGUCAUAUUCCUCAUACUCAUCGUCAACGCCAUUGUUGGUGUCUGGCAAGAGAGCAAUGCCGAGAAAGCACUCGAGGCUUUGAAGGAGAUUCAAUCCGAGCACGCAGCCGUCGUUCGCGGCGGCAGGUGGAUCCCGAGCGUGCCGGCGAAGGAACUCGUCCCCGGCGAUGUUGUGGAGCUUAAGGUUGGUGAUAAGGUCCCUGCUGAUAUGCGUGUUGUGGAGUUAAUUAGCUCCACUCUGCGUCUCGAACAGGGUUCCCUCACAGGGGAGAGUGAAGCAGUGAUUAAGACAAACAAGGUUGUUCCCGAGGAUGCUGAUAUUCAAGCCAAGAAGUGUAUGGUUUUCGCGGGGACAACGGUUGUUAACGGCCAUUGCUAUUGUUUGGUUACACAAACAGGAAUGGAAACAGAGAUUGGGAAAGUGCACAAGCAGAUACACGUGGCGGCGCUGAGUGUGGAAGAUACACCUCUUAAGAAGAAGCUCAAUGAGUUCGGGGAGUUGUUAACUCGGAUAAUUGGUGUGGUGUGUGCUUUGGUGUGGGUCAUCAAUAUUAAGUAUUUUCUGAACUGGGAUUAUGUGAAUGGGUGGCCAAGUAACUUCAAGUUUUCGUUUGAGAAGUGCACUUAUUACUUUGAGAUUGCUGUUGCAUUGGCCGUGGCUGCUAUUCCUGAAGGUUUACCUGCGGUUAUUACUACUUGUUUGGCGCUUGGUACUCGCAAGAUGGCUGCUAAGAAUGCCCUUGUUCGGAAGCUAACAAGUGUGGAAACUCUUGGUUGUACAACUGUGAUUUGUUCGGAUAAAACGGGUACAUUGACAACAAAUCAGAUGGCUGUGACAAAACUUGUGGCUAUUGGGUCUAAAGUAGACACACUGCAAUCCUUCAAGGUGGAAGGAACUACUUAUAAUCCAUCUGAUGGUAAGAUAGAGGACUGGCCAAUGGGUCAAUUGGAUGCUAAUCUUGAGAUGAUAGCCAAAAUCGCUGCCAUUUGUAAUGAUGCUGGAUUAGAAGAGGCAGAACAGAAGUUUGUUGCUCAUGGAAUUCCAACUGAAGCAGCCUUAAAGGUUCUGGUGGAGAAGAUGGGCCUUCCUGAAGGAUCCAGUGGUGCAUGUUCACCAAGAAGUGCCUUACUACGUUGUUGUAAUUGGUGGAAUAAAAGUGACCGUCGGAUUGCUACUCUUGAGUUUGACCAUGAUAGGAAGUCAAUGGGUGUUAUUGUGGACUCAGGUGAAGGGAAAAAGUCACUGCUGGUGAAGGGUGCUGUAGAAAAUGUGUUGGAAAGAAGCACCAAAAUGCAGUUGUCUGAUGGUACUAUUGUGAAAUUGGACGAUGAUGGUAGGAACCUUGUAUUGCAAGCUCUUCUUGAAAUGUCAACUAGUGCAUUGCGCUGUUUGGGAUUUGCAUACAAGGACGAGCUCCCUAUGUUUGAAAGCUACAGCGGCAAUGAUGAUCAUCCAGCUCACCAGCUUUUGCUUAAUCCUUCUAACUAUUCAUCAAUUGAAACUGAACUUAUUUUUAUUGGCCUGGCUGGUUUAAGGGAUCCUCCUAGGGAGGAGGUACACCAAGCACUUGAGGACUGUAGAGCAGCUGGAAUUAGAGUUUUGGUUAUAACUGGAGAUAACAAGGAAACAGCAGAAGCUAUAUGCCAUGAAAUAGGUGUAUUUGGACCCAAUGAAGACAUAAGCUCGAGAAGCAUAACGGGAAAACAGUUUAUGGAGCUGCGUGAUAAAAAAGCUCAUCUGGAUCAGAGUGGAGGGCUUUUAUUUUCAAGAGCUGAACCUAGACACAAGCAAGAAAUUGUGAAGCUGCUCAAAGAGGAUGGAGAAGUAGUGGCCAUGACUGGAGAUGGUGUUAAUGAUGCACCUGCCUUGAAGCUUGCUGAUAUUGGCAUUGCAAUGGGAAUUACAGGGACUGAGGUGGCAAAGGAAGCUUCGGAUAUGGUUUUGGCUGAUGAUAAUUUUAAUACGAUUGUUGCUGCUGUGGGUGAAGGUAGAUCUAUCUACAGUAACAUGAAGGCUUUUAUCAGGUAUAUGAUAUCUUCCAAUAUUGGGGAGGUUGCUUCUAUAUUUCUAACGGCUGCCCUAGGUAUUCCUGAAGGUUUGCUACCUGUUCAGCUUCUGUGGGUCAAUCUUGUCACAGAUGGACCACCAGCAACAGCUUUGGGAUUUAAUCCUCCAGAUAAGGAUAUAAUGAAGAAGCCUCCUCGUCCCAAAAAUGACGCACUAAUUAGUUGGUGGAUUUUAUUCCGCUAUCUGGUUAUUGGGAUGUAUGUUGGAAUAGCCACAGUUGGUGUUUUCAUUAUAUGGUAUACACAUGGUUCCUUCUUGGGUAUUGAUCUUACUGGGGAUGGUCAUACUCUUGUUACUUACUCCCAACUUUCCAACUGGGGUCAAUGCUCCAAAUGGGAGAAUUUCACUGCUUCUCCUUUCACUGCUGGUGAUAGAGUUUUCUCAUUUGAUAAUGACCCUUGUGAAUAUUUCCGAGCUGGGAAAGUGAAAGCUAUGACUCUCUCCCUCUCUGUGUUGGUAGCCAUUGAAAUGUUCAAUUCCCUUAAUGCCCUUUCUGAGGAUGGAAGCCUUUUGACAAUGCCUCCUUGGGUCAACCCUUGGCUUCUUUUGGCAAUGUCUGUGUCAUUUGGUCUUCACUUUUUGAUCUUGUAUGUGCCAUUCUUAGCUCAAAUAUUUGGCAUUGUUCCCCUGAGCUUCAGAGAAUGGCUUUUGGUUUUGGUUGUUGCAUCCCCUGUUGUUCUAAUUGAUGAGAUUCUGAAAUUUGUGGGGAGGUGUACAAGGUGGUACCAAAAAUCUCCGGCAAGAAGAUCAAAGCAAAAAUCAGAGUAA